UGACUAGCUAUAAUGUUUUCCCCAUGGUUUGUGCCCAACCUAUUGCUCGAGGAUCAUGCGAAGACGUUCUUAUUCGAUACGCCUAUGAUAUUGAUGAAGGACAAUGUGUUGAGUUUACUUAUGGAGGAUGUGAGGGUAAUUCCAACAAUUUCAAAACGUUAUCGCAAUGCCAGCGUGUUUGUGAAAGUUACCUUAAAGGCCGAGUUAUGAUGUCAGAUCGAAUAAAUCCACUUCGUCGCAUAUGCUUUCUUGGAAUAGACAAUGGACGCUGUGGUAAAACAAUGAUACGUUACGGUUACGAUGCCCUAGCUGGUGCUUGCAUUAGAUUUGUAUACAAUGGAUGCUACGGAAAUGACAACAAUUUUAAAGUUUGCGAAGUCGAAGGAGAUUUUGACUCUUUGCUUGCACACGACCAAACUCACAUUAUAAGUGUGACGGAACCAGCUGUUAUUGCUACGAGAAAAGCUUUUUUCCGUUCUUCUUGUUGCCAUCCUAUUGAUAGGGGAUCAUGUUUUGCCAACGUUACGAGGUUUGCAUAUGACAAAGAAAGCCAGAGAUGUGUAGCAUUCAUCUAUGGUGGAUGUAAGGGGAACAGAAACAAUUUUAGAACACAUGAAGAAUGUAUUAAUGCUUGUUAUUGAGG